GCCAGCCUUUUUCCAUAUAAAAAAGCUCAUCCAAGUUGCACACAGCUAGGGCUCAACAAGUGAAGCUGCUGAAAACCUACAAGAACACAUGAAGCAACCCAAAGAUGAAUCUUCUAGCACUAUCAACCUUAUUACUGUCCUUUCCUAGGUUUACACCAGGUAAACCUGUCCAGGUGUGUCCUUGAUGCUGCUGAAGAUGCUGUCUAGACCUCUCUCUCGAAGAACUCGCUUCCUGCAUUUUCUGUUGUGAUUUUGCAUUUCAGUGAUUAAGUAUACUGCACCCUAAAAAGAUGUCCCAUUCUUUUUCAGGGAAUCCAGGAAGACAAGGCCACAGGUGAGCUUGAUUUAUGCCUGUUUUAUGAGAUGUCAUGCUCUCAAUGUUGUGCUUAUGCCAUGCUGUUGUUCUAUAGAUUGUUGUAGAGUUUUUCUGUCUUAUGUAAUUGAGAAAAUAGCAUUCAGACCUGGGUGUCUAUGAUUCCACUCUUAGGGGAGGAAGGUCUUCUGGGAAGCCCCACAGCAUGACUUCCAUUGAAAACAAUGGGAGCUCCUCAACAACAGGAGUAAUGUUGUCACUCAGCUCCUCCCAUUCACUUUAUUUGAGCUCAUGGAGGGAAAUGCUCAGUGGAUUUUGACCCUGGGUGCCUUUAGAGUAGCAGUCUGAUCUCAAAGUUGCUGACCUUAAUAAAAGAGUGCAUUGUUCAGCACCUCCUGCUUUAUACAUUUGAGAUUAACUUUACUUUCCACAAGGUCUUCAUCACUAUUAAAUCUUGCAACAUACUGAUGAACUUGGUUAGCGUGCUAAAUAAAUAACAUAUUUAUUGAUGGGUGGUCAUAUGGUCUUUGGUACUUCAUGAACAUUCUCAGUUCAUAAACUGGAAGGAAAACAGGAUUGGUUGUUUGUUUUCUGGGGUUUGGGUUUUUGUUUUGUUUUACAAGGCAAUAUUUCUUCCUGCCUGCUGUUCAAAUGAGCUCUGAGAAAUUUGCAUUCCUAGUCUAGCCCUCCAUUAUUUCUAAAUGGGUAGACCUGCUGUUCAUCUCUGGUUAGACCUGGCAUCCAGGCAACUUUCCACACUGCUUUACACUGGUGUUUGACAUCUGAGAGGGAGAUAUUUAGGAUCUACCUAUUCUUCUGACUGUAAGUUGGUUUAACUGAUUUUAAAAUUGCAUUGUUAUAUUGAUGUCACCCACUCUGGAACCUUAUGCUGAAUGGUGCGUAUGAAAUCAUACUACUACUACUACUACUACUACUACUACUAAUAAUAAUAAUAAUAUCCUUGCAGGAGAAACAUUUAUGCAUCAGGAUGAUAUUGUUUACAGACGAAGAACACAGCGAAGUGCCAUGAAAUGCCAUCAGAGAUGUGUUUGGCCUAGAUCAGAAGAUGGGCUGGUCAACAUUCCAAUUAAUGUCUCGACAGAGUUUUGUAUGUUAUUUAAAGCUUUACAACAGGCCUUCUCCAGCGUUCAUUCUUGCUAAUAAUGAAAUUUUUGUAUAAUGAAAAUCCAUUAUAUAUAUAUAUAUAUAUAUAUAUAUAACCCUCCAAAAAACCCCAGAUAGCUCUUUUCCGUAGCAAUCAGUGAGCCAUGGUUGUUGGUGAUGUUGUUGUUGUUGUUUAGUCAUUUAGUCGUGUCCGACUCUUCGUGACCCCAUGGACCAGAGCACGCCAAGCACUCCUGUCUUCCAUUGCCUCCCGCAGUUUGGUCAAACUCAUGCUGGUAGCUUCGAGAACACUGUCCAACCAUCUCAUCCUCUGUCGUCCCCUUCUCCUUGUAUGCUCCAUCUUUCCCAACAUCAGGGUCUUUUCCAGGGAGUCUUCUCUUCUCAUGAGGUGGCCAAAGUAUUGGAGCCUCAGCUUCACAAUCUGUCCUUCCAGUGAGCACUUAGGGCUGAUUUCCUUAAAAAUGGAUAGGUUUGAAUUUCCUGCAAUCCAUGGGACUCUCAAGAGUCUCCUCCAACACCAUAAAAGGUAAAGGAACCCCUGACCAUUAGGUCCAGUCGUGGCUGACUCUGGGGUUGUGGCGCUCAUCUCGCUUUAUUGGCCGAGAGAGCCGGCAUACAGCUUCUGGGUCAUGUGGCCAGCAUAACUAAGCGGCUUCUGGAGAACCAGAGCAGCGCACGGAAAUGGCAUUCACCUUCCCGCCAGAGCAGCACCUAUUUAUCUACUUGCACUUUGACAUGCUUUCAAAUUGCUAGGUUGGCAGGAGCAGGGGCCGAGCAAUAGGAGCUCACCCCGUCGCGGGGAUUCGAACCGCCGACCUUCUGAUCGGCAAGUCCUAGGCUCUGUGGUUUAACCCACAGCACCACCCAUGUCCCAGUUGGGUUGGUAAUACUACCCACUUCUUAAUCAGGCUGGUGCCUUAUUCCUGUUGGGAACCUUGAUUGAGGUGCAAUCACCACAGACAGCACAAAACUGGAGUAGGCAGCAGGUUACAGUCUUGCAGGACCCAGGACAGCUCCCAAGCAGAGCCAACAGCGGAAAGUAUGGUGGGGUGAUGGCACUCGCCUAGCCUUGGAUUGCUUUGUUGGAACUUACCAGGAUGUAGAGGUGGGGCAAGGUCAGCAUGGUGCAAACACACCAAUGGGCGUGCUGAAUUGGCUCCAGCAGUGUGCUUGCACUUUGCUGACCUUGCCAUUGCCUUACCCCUCCCCUUCUCUUUCCUAAUGGGCAACAGCGAUGAGACUGUCACGAGGUCAGGGGAGCACUGCCACCCCACCACACAAUAGCUGAUACAUUCCAAAGCUCAAGGGAGUCCUUUUAUCCCCAAGUGCAUCUUAAUAAUUGACAGCCAGAGUCCUGAUCUUCAAGUGAAGCUGCAACUUUGCCAUGGAGCAAUGCACUUUAUCACCAAUGAAUAGCCUCAGCCUCUGGCAUUGUCUUCUCUAGCAGGGACUUUGAGGACAGCAAACCAAUUUGGUGGGAUGAGUCAAAUUUUAAUCUAAGGUCUAAACCAUUGCUCCAUUAUCUGGAGUAUAGAAACUCCUUCCCCUCCUAUGUACAGUUGGCCUCUGACUCUAUAUGAGAAUGAGAGUCCACAAGACCUUCUGAGAUAAUGAUGUUGGCUUGUGGUCAUCGUUUUCAGAAGAGCCAUAAGAACAUAGGAAACUACCUUAUACUGAGUUAUACUAUUGGUCCAUCUAGCUCUGUAAUGCUUACAUGGACUGGCAGCAGCUCUCCAGAGUCAGCAGUUUUAUUUAAGUCCCACUUGGAGAUGGCAGGGACAUGGGAACAUGGGACCUUCUGCAUGCAAAUCAGAUGCUCUACCACUGAGCUACAGCCUUACCCCUGUCUGAAGAUGACUGGAAAGAUCAUCAUCAGAGGGAUCUGAAGGCCAAACAUUUUUAAGUGGAAUUGAGUUGGAUUUGCACCCUAAAGUUUCUUGUGGCACAGGCUUUGGUAGGCAGCGGGUUGCAGCAUCAAUUACAUGAAUCAGACAGCAAAUGUGUUGAGUUGUAUAUGACAUAACCAAGUCUGCUAUACCCAUUUUAUACUUUGAUAUCUUUGUACAAUUGCAAAAAAACAACAACCCCAAAACCCAUGAUAAAAAGCAUUUACACAACAGAUAUAACAAGCGCUGAAGUGGUCUGUGUACUGUAAGCAAUAGAAACAGUGCUGGCACCCACUUGCUUCCAGCAUUCAUGUUUCCCUGGAAUGUUGGGCACUCUUUCACUGCUAUACCAUAUGCAGAGAGUAGCCAUAGUUAGGUGGAUAAUUUUUGAAGAAGGUUUACAUGAAAAAAAUCCUCCUUUACACACACAUUCACAAUUUCCCAGGAGCCCUGUUCUACGUGAAAUAUUUCUUAAUGGUAUACCCAGGAGUGCAGGGAACUUCCCCAUGUUGGCAAAACAUAUUCUGUUUGAACUCCACACACAUAAUAUGGGAACUUUCAAUGCAUUCCUUUCUCUCCCUUGCAUUUUUUUUUUUUUUAGCUGUGGAGGAGAGGACUGUGAUAGCUGAAGCAAUGCAAGAAUUUGUCACACUGACAUGUAUUCAGUUUAUCAGGCGUUCAACAGAACAUGACUACAUAAAUAUUUCCCCUGCAGAUAGGUAAGUUUUAUCUCUCCUGAUGAUAUCUAAGAAUACUACUAUUGCUUGGAAUUAUGCUGUCUUUCUGUUUCUUCUCUUCUGCUGAAGCUUUCCCCACAACUUGUUGCAUUCCAGAUAUUGGCAGACUCCAGCUCCCAUAAUCCCUGACCAUUGGCCAUGCUGCCUGGAGCAGAUGGGAGUUGGAGUCCAACAGCGUGUAAAAGCUGGUGUUAGUGGGACAGCCUUCACCAAAACAGGAUGCUUUAUAGGUGGUUGAAACCCUGACCUUGCCCCAAAACAGGCAAAGGAGAUGAGGGAACUUUGCAUCUAGCAGCCUGAAAUGCUUGCACUGACAGAACUAUUGCCAUAGCACAGUGCUGAAUUCCUUGCUUUAUGUUUUAAGGUGGUCCAUAAGGGAGUGUCCGGCAAUGCCUAUGAAUCUGUAGAAACCACAAAAUACUGUGAUUUUUAAAUGGAUGAUACUGUUUGUGAGUUUGGACCUGUCAUGCUAAAAAUCAGGUGAAGUCACUCCAAAGUCAUUUUUUAGUCUGCCGUCUGGAUUCAAAAUGGCACCGGGCCUCUAAGCAUCAAUGAAGUCCACUGCCCCUACAUUGGGUAUCCUUGUAUCGAAUUUGGUGACAAUAUCUCAAGAGGCGGCUGAUCCUAUUUCAAAAAAAUCACACCAAAGUUGCAUUUGGGUGCACCACCUUGAUUCAAAGUGGCGGCCAGCAUUAAAACAGUGACAGAGUCCCCACCCCCCACCUCAGGACCUUUGUGCUGAGUUUUGUAAUGAUAUCUUGAGAGGCAGCCAAACCAAUGGAGAACAGACGGACAGACAGACAUAGCACUUUCCAAAAUAUAUAGUAGAGAACUAGAUGUGAGAUGACGUCUAUGUUUUUGGAGUCAGUAAAGAUGUGCUGUCUUCUAGAGCGCUCCUGGACAUUCAUAUUUUCUGGAAAUUAGAUGUUUGUAACUAAUCAUAUGUGAUGCUCACAACUUAAGAUAUCAACAUUAAUAUGUAAUUGGAUAACUCCAUUGAAUUCAGUGAGGCUUAAGAGGCUGCAUUCAUACCCACCUACUUCCCAUUUAACUCGGUAGAGCUUACUUCUGAGUGGACAUGCGCAGGAACAGGGCUCUACUAAAUACACACCUACCUCACAGGGUAAAAUGUGAGAGAGUAUGACACUUUGUGCUCACUGAAAGCCAAGUUAUAAAUGUACUAAAUGAAACUGUAUGCCAUGGCUUUAUGUGACGGCACAGGUCACUGCUUUCCAUGUUCUCAGGUGCUGGUCUUACUUUGGAAAGAUUGGAGGCAAACAGCAGUUGGGCUUGGCAAAAAAUGGCUGCAUAUAUAAAGGAUUAAUUCAGCAUGAAAUCAACCAUGCCCUGGGUUUCAUACAUGAACAGGCCCGGAACGACCGAGACAAGUAUGUUAAAAUCCACUUGGAGUAUGUCACAGCAGGUAUGUCCACCAGCAUUCAAGUAACAGUUUUAACCCUUGCUUGCUGUAGAGGAUUAUUUAAACAAAAACAUUUCUAUAUUGUAUAUUGUGCAUAUAGCUUCAAUUCUGAGCAGAGGGUGCAUUUAAACCAUGUAAAAAUAAACAAAUAAGCAACUAAAGCAAGUAAACAACAAACAACUUUAAAUAUAUAUAUAUAUAUAUAUAUAUAUAUAUAUAAUCUCCCCAGAGCAGCUUACAAAUAUCAGUAGUUAGCCCCUACACUCAAGCUUACGAAAGGAAAAAACCACUGUAAUAAUAAUAAUAAUAAUAAUAAUUUAUUUCUCCCCCAGUCACUCCGGGCUUCCAACAGAAGGUUAAAAGUGGAAGUGGGGAAACAAGCAAACCCAAGCACUUGUUCUUAAAGGGACUCAGAAAUUCACAAGGGCUUCAGCAGAGAAACUGUUGCUAAGUUUAUAACAUCUUUAUUUUCACAAGUACCUGUUAAAAUCAUUCUUCUCUCUCUUUCUCCCCCUGUGUUCUAACUCUCCUUUGAGUGCCUGCUUCACUUACUCUCAUAUUUUACAGGAGAACAGGGGAAUUUCGAGAAAGUGGACUCUAAUAAUCUGGGUCUUCCGUAUGACUAUGGUUCAGUGAUGCAUUAUGGCCCGUAAGUUGUGUUUCAGGGCACCUUCUCUUUUCAGACAAAACUGCUCUUAACUGUAGUGUAAGGAUCCUCUUUUAUAUAAUUUCAUCUCUGUCUUCUCCUUGGAGCAAUGUGCAAGAACACGCUGAAGCUGCAAGGGAGUGCAACUUCUUCCAACACUGGUUGAACAUCCAAACUGAAACCCUUCCUACUUAUCACAAGAACCUCUGCCUUGCCUGGAUUUUGUUUCAGUUUGUUAGUCUUCAUCCCACCCACUUCAUCCCACUAACAGCCAGAACUGAUCUACAACAUUUACAGCAUCUUUGGGAUUGCUGGAUAGGGAGAGACAGAGAAGAAGCUGUACCCCAAACUGCAGAUGACCUCUCUCAAAUGUCUUCAUGUAGAUGUUAAAAAGGACAGUAUAGAACCCUGAGGAACCAUACAAAUGAAAAGUCAUGGGACUGAACAAAAGUGUUUCAUUGCCACAUUGGUACAUUAUUGUUGCUGAACCCCAAAUCUUUUGCAUGUAUGUAUAGACAACCCAAUGUCUGUGAAGUUUUUAUUCUUCAUUUCCCAGGAUGGUUUCCAUGCAAAUAUUAUUUUAGAUGUUGCAUUAUAAAACAAUGACCCGACAGAGUUUGAUGAUCACAUCUAUUCCUGUCUUCUGCAGAUACGAUUUUUCUAGUGCUCCCGGGAAAGCAACCAUUGUCCCCAUCCCAAAUGCAUCUGUACCAAUUGGUCAGAGAAUAGGACUCAGCGACCUAGAUGUGAAAAAAAUCAACAAGCUCUACAGAUGCAGUAAGUGUUCAGAAUGCUACAUGGGUAGUUUCCCAUCUGAUGUUGUUAAUUUUUUAUAACAUUUGAGAUUAGCUAGUGCUGCCAGAUUUCGUGACCUAGAUGGGCAUCACCUCACCUUAACAUACUUUCUCUUCCCAAUGCCAUGCUUUGAAAACAGUGAAUCAUUUACUCUGCACUUGAAAGGGCACCUCUAUCAAUACACUAAAAACAAAACAAAAAACCAUUGGAGUGGGGAAGUCCACAAGAGCACUCUUCCCUUCCAUGCUUUCCAAAAACAGGCAUUCGGAAGCAUCGCUGCCUCCAGCUAGGGAGGUAGAGCAUAGCCAUCAUGGCUAGUAGCCAUUCCCCCCCUUUCAAGAACAUAUUAUUCCAACCCAAUUGGUCAACACUUGGCCCUCUUUGCAAGCUCCCUGUGCUGGGAAGGAGAGCCUUUCCCAAGGUGCUAUCCCAUGCAGGUGCAGUAUGUGUAUGAAUGUGCAGUAUUUGGUCAUCUAUCAUCAUUUGGAUCUUGCAGUCGGCACCUACAUGGGGAUGCUGCCGCACUGAAGGCAAGACCAACCCUUUAUCACUGGAUUGCCUUGCCAAUUGGGAACCUAUAGGGAAGGGGGGUGUUUAAUGUGCCUCUGUAUGCUCAGUGUACAGAGUUCACUCCCCUGCACACCCCAACAGUCCUAAAACACAAGCCCUCCUUUUUCUAUACACCCACCCCACUCAUCAUAAGGAGGAACAUUUUGCUAAUACUGUAUACUGCACUGUAUGUUGGUCUUAAUGUAAUGAGCUCAAGUCAUGAAUCACAAUCAUUUGCUGUCUGGUGUGUGUGAUAUUGUUAACAGGCAUAUUUUAAUUUCUUCAUUCAGCAGGAGUAACCUUUACUAGGUUGAACAGUGACAUAUUUAAUGAGCGCUGAGUUCUCCCUCACAGAGUGCAAGGAUAGAUAAACAGAAAGUUGUGUUGGAAUUUUCCCUUUGCACAUCUCAUUUCCCCCUCAUUUUGUUCUGUUCUGUUCUUUAGACUGUUGUAGCACUGUGCUUCGUAAUCGAAGGGGCAACUUCUCCUCUACUAAUUACCCAUAUUCAUACCCCAAAAAUGUCACAUGCCUAUGGCUGAUCCAAAUCCCAGAAGGAAAGGUAAGGAUGCUCAAAUCAUUGUUUAAUGUAUCAGGAUUACACAACAGAUAAAAGGAGGGCAGGGAAUGGACCUUUCCAGUGUGGUGUAGUGGUUAAGAGCGGUAGUCUCGUAAUCUGGUGAACCAGGUUCGCAUCUCCGCUCCUCCACAUGCCGCUGCUGGGUGACCUUGGGCUAGUCACACUUCUCUGAAGUCUCUCAGCCCCACUCACCUCACAGAGUGUUUGUUGUGGGGGAGGAAGGGAAAGGAGAAUGUUAGCCGCUUUGAGACUCCUUCAGGUAGUGAUAAAGCGGGAUAUCAAAUCCAAACUCUUCUUCUUCUUCUUCCUUCUUGCUACUUGUAUACUUUUGGGAGUUGCAGUCUGUUUAUGCUCUGAACUUACUGACACAACAUUAAUCUUCAGGUUAGUUUCAAGUACGUGACACCAGGCUAUGUUUGAAGCACAUCUCCCCAUCCCAAGAAUCCUGGGAAUCAGGGCCCAGCCAAGCUAAAAUGUAUUUGGCUUUCUUUUUCUGCUUUAGGUCUUCCUUAAGUUUCAUGUUUUGGAUCUCCAGCGCUCUCCAAACUGUGCCUCCGACUACAUCCGAAUUUAUGAUGGAAACAACAGAAAUGCCCGUCUUCUUGUUGACAAGUUAUGUGGAGAGGGGCAGUUGCCAGCAGUGGUGUCUUCUGGAAGCAUGAUGCUUGUGGAGUUUGUGAGUGAUGAGGCUGUUGCAUCAAAGGGUUUCACAGCUUCCUAUGCACAUGGUAUGAAGGGCUCUAUCUCUCACUACUUGCUGAAAGCAUCAGUGCUAGGAAAGAAACACAUACAGUACAUGCAAAAUAAAAACAAGCACUGGUGGAACAGUUUUCCAAGGGUAUUUUAAUUUUGCGCUGUCUUUCCCUGGAUCUGAAUUACCCAAAUUCUCUAAAUCCAUUUGCUCUCACAACAACCCACAUAGAAGUCUAUGGACCUCAAACUGUUUGCUCAUCUUUGCAUGUCUGAGCCCAUCUGAAACAUGUUUACUCAGACAUACCUUACCCUAAAUACGCCCUGAGAUAUAUGGGUAUACAAAUCUAAUUAAUUAAAAAUAAAUAAAUAAAUAAAUAAAGCCCACUAAAAUCUAUUUAUUAUUAAUUAUUAUUAUUAUUAUUAUUACUACCACUACUACUACUACUACUACUACUACUAUUAUAUAAAUGCCCACUCAACAACCACUUCAAUUUGCAGCCCAGGUCCUGUUGCAGGUGCCACGUAAUCCUCAUUCCACAUUUGCAGGCACCCAUCCUUUGGAAAUUCUUGCCUAUUUUCACCAGGCAGGUGCCUUCCCUGCACUCUCAAUAGCACUUGCAAGCCUAUCCAGACAUGCACAGUAUUGACAUGUGCUUUAAUCUGGUUUAUAACUUGUCACUGGUUUUAAGUAUUUUUGAAAGUUUAAUAUAGUUGCUUCUAACUGUUCUGUUGUGGAUAAUUCUAUUCUUUUUGUAAGCCGCUUUGAGGUUACAUUACAAUCAAGUAUGUGAGAUAAAUCUUGUGAGAUAAAUAAAUAGAUAAAUAUAACAAAGGGAGAAGCACAUAGGAAGGCUGCCAUCUGCAGAGUCAGACCAUUGGUCCACCUAGUUCAGUAUUGUCUAUGCUGAUGGGCAGCUGCUCUCUGGGGUCAGUAGAGGCCUGUUUGGAGUUGCCAGGGGUGGAGAACCUGGGACCUUCUGCAUGCAAAGCUGAUGUUCUAUGGCUAAACUACAGGCCUUCCCCACUGGAUUCAGAUUAGGAAAGAAGAAGAAAAUCAACUCCAUGGCCCAAUGGAGGGAUAGCAGUGCCAGACCACAGUUAUCCUCUUCCUGCUUCUCAACAUGUUCAUUGGUGGAGACUGCUGCCACCCACCAGUCAUGGUGGGACCAGUCAAGAACUGGCAGAGUUUUCACCACCCUUCCUAAUGCUGAUUUCUCUUCCUCUUCUCUUAGUGUCUUAUGUUCUUGCUGAUUUUGUAUCCUGCCUACCCUCCACCUAACAACAACCCUGUAAGAAAGGCUACGCUAAGAGAGAGCUUCAAGGCUCUCCAUCAGCUUCAUGAAUGAGAUUUCCCAUAUCCAACCUCAGCACUCUUCCCAUUACACCAUACUGGCUUGGGUGAACUCUUGCAUCCAUACGAGUGUCCUUCAUUUAGAGUGAACAUUAUUUUUAAACAUACUGAUCCCCCCCUUUUAUUCCAUUGAUUCCCCCCCCCAUUCUUUUCAUCACAGUGAUAUGUGGAGGGACUUUCACAAGUACUCAUGGAGUGGUCACUUCUCCAAACUUCCCAAGAAAAUACCCUCCAAACAAAAAAUGCCUAUGGAUUAUCAGUGCUCCAGCAGGAAGCAGGGUAAGGGGCAGGAGGAGGGGGGGUGGGCUUUCCUGGCUAGGGCAACAACUUUAUACAGCUCAUUACUUUCCCCCUAAAGACCUGAUCUCAAUCUCUCUUCAGAAAAGAUUGCAUUAGAUCAGGGGUAGCCAAUGUGUUGUUUACUCCUGCAUUCAGUGAUGAAAUCUAGCUUGCUCCAGAUCUGCCUUGUUAAUUUAUGGGUAUGCAUAAUGCUCACUGGCUUUAGUGCAUACUAUGUUGUUGAAUUUAGACAAAAUGCUACACAUAGAAAUUGGUGCCCUUAUAUGGUUCCUUCAGAUCUCCCUAACGAUGGGCUUUUUUGACCUGGAGGAAGCCACUGGGUGCAACUAUGACAGACUUGUCUUUCGUGACGGCAGCGACAUCAGCUCUCCACUUCUUGGCACUUUUUGUGGGAAGACAGAGGUUCCAUCUUUCAAUUCCACUGGGAGCUUUCUACGUAUAGAAUUUUACAGUGACGUUGUUUCUCAAUAUUCCGGGUUUAAGCUGGACUACUCAAUGAGUUAAGUACUGUUGCUAGGGUAUCUGGGUGGGAGAUGGCAAGAUUUUGUGUUGGAAAAAAGUGGGGAAGAAAUAAUGAUUUGUUCCUAUUGUGGAAUUGUUGCCUUGAGGGAUAUGUGAGUCAUCUGUGUUCCUCAGAAGUUUUGGUUAAAUGGAAAUACACCAGUAAUCUAGUUAUAGUGACACGAUGUGCAGACUGACACAGGAGUGUCAGGUAACCGAGGCUGCAAAUGCCUCAGCAGGGAAAUGAGCCUGGGGCCCAUAUGGCUCAAGUAUCUCCCCAAACUGGGCAUAAAGCCUGUAAUGAGAAGUUUGGUUUAUGUAUAGCAAUACAAAAAUAGGCCCCAAGUCAACUUGACGAUUAUGUUGUGAGGAAGAAUAACCUGAACCUCACCCCCAUUUCCUGACACAAACAAAAUACCCUAUAUUGCUUUCCAGACAGAUAAAAGCCCUCUUCGAACCUUGGAGAACUGGAAAAAGCAAUACAUGAGGGAGGAGACUGCAGGCACAAUGGUGCAAGCUCCAUACAGGCCAUCCCAUUGCCCUCCAUGAGUUUGAGGGGGACUUCCAGAAGCAGGGAGCCUUCUUUCAGGGUUUUCCCGACUGUUGGUGUGCUUGUCUUUCUCCCAUUCCCUGAAUGCCUGAAGAGGGCUAAAGGCUAAGGGCAAUGUGCUAGGAUCAGUGACCUUGUGCUUGAAAGGCCUUUGCAUCUAAGUGUGUGUUAAUGCAGAAAGAUGGGCAAAAGGACAGCUGCAAUUUCCCAUUCCUGUCUCAUUUGCAGGGGGAGUGGCUGGUAUGCCAGCCCCCGCAGUGCCCUUCUUACGGCUCACUUGGCUAUAAAAACAGGUGGGCCAGAAGUGGACCACCAGGGCAAUGGCCUUUGUGCUUAUUUAUUGCAUUUAGAUCCCAUCUUUCUUCCAAGGAGCUCAAAGUGGUGUACAUGGUUCUCUGACAGCAACCCUGUGAAGUAGUUAGGCUGAAAGACUCUGACUGGGCGCAUGUCACCCAGUGAGUUUCAUGGCAAGAGCAGGUACUGGGGACGCGGGUGGUGCUGUGGGUUAAACCACAGAGCCUAGGACUUGCCAAUCAGAAGGUUGGCGGUUCGAAUCCCCGCGAUGGGGUGAGCUCCUGUUGCUCGGUCCCUGCUCCUGCCAACCUAGCAGUUCAAAAGCACGUCAAAGUGCAAGGAGAUAAAUAGGUACUGCUCCAGCGGGAAGGUAAACGGCGUUUUCGUGCACUGCUCUGGUUUUCCAGAAGUGGCUUAGUCAUGCUGGCCACAUGAUCCGGAAGCUGUACACUGGCUCCCUCGGCCAAUAAAGUGAGAUGAGCGCAGCAACCCCAGCGUCGGUCACGACUAGACCUAAUGGUCAGGGGUCCUUUUACCUUUACCUUUAUCCCAGGUACUAAUCCAAUGCUUAAUCACUGCACCAUACUGGCUGUAAGCAGUCCACAGCUUAGCUUCACUACUAAGCCCAGUCAUGAGCUCACUCAAGCAAUGGUUUGUCAAAAUAUUGCCCAUGCUUCCAGACUAAUGACUUUAGAACUAACCCACAAUUAAUGCUUGCAUUCAUAAAUGCAGCAAACAAUAUGAAUGCUAUGUGCCCUGCCUCAAGCCUAGGCUAUUUUAAUCCUUCAGCAGAGUUUCCAUGAAACAAACUUUACAGAUGAAACAAACUUUACCUGUCAUUGCAGUUUUGCCAUCAUGAAGAACAGCCUGUGGGAGAAUUGCCUUCGUCCUGAACUGCCAACAAGAAAGAGGGUGGAAAUUCUGAUGCCAGAUUGUCUUUGCCUCUUGCUGGUGUUGUGCUUUGUUUCUUUUUAAAGACUGAUCAGUUUCUCCCAGUAAUUACAUAAAUACUCUCAAGUGCAGAAUGCUGAACUGUACGCUGGAUUUGCCAAAACACCAAGGAGCAAUUGAAGCAGGCAAGGAGAAGUUAUUCUAUGCUGUAUCUCUUCAAUUACCAUUUUUACUAGCCAUCUGUUGGUGGCACCUUGAACUAUGUAACAAAAGAUGUUCAGUAAAGCUUAAAAAGCCCAUCGUUCGCAUUCAGAUUGCUUUGAUCUGCUCACAUUCCAGUGCACUUGCCUUGUCUUCCUUGUUUAGGUGCACAGGCCUUUCCCAAUGGAAAAUGCCCAUCAUUCUCCUUGUAAGUCCAGUGGCUUUAUUCGUGGCAAGUGCCUAUAUCCCUGUUUUUCAAGCUCUAAAGUCAGGAA